UGGGUGCGCUCGGCGGGAUGCGGCGGAACGUGGAGGUGAAGGCGAGGCUGAGGGCGCGGGAGGAAGCGCUGAGGGCGGCCCUGAGGCUGCGGGGGCUGGGCCCGGAGUGCCCGGUGUGCCCCGGGGCCGGGCAGGGACCGCCCCAGGUGUGCCCCGGGGCCGGGCAGGGGGAGCCGCCCCAGGUGUGCCCCGGGGCCGGGCAGGUGCUGCUCCAGACCGAUACGUUCUUCCGGGUGCCGCGGGGGCGGCUCAAGCUGCGCCGGACGCAGGACGGCCGGGGGGAGCUGAUUUUCUACGAGCGCCCCGACAGCGCCAGCCCCAAACUGUCCAGGUUCAGCAUCACCCCCACGGCCGACCCCGAGGGGCUGCAGGCGGUGCUGUCGCAGUCCCUGGGUGUGCUGGGCACGGUGAGGAAGGAGCGGCUCCUGUUCCUGCUGGGCCAGACCCGGCUGCACCUGGACCGGGUGCAGGGGCUCGGGGACUUCCUGGAGCUGGAGGUGGUGCUGCGGCCGGAGCAGAGCGAGGAGGACGGGCAGCGCCUGGCGCGGGAACUGCUGCAGGAAUUGGGGAUCGGGGAGCAGGACCUCAUCUCUGGGGCCUACCUGGAUCUGCUGCUGGCACAGGGGGACAACGGGGACACCCCCUGAGCCACCCCCCCGGCCGGCCACGGACAGCGGGGCUCAGGGCAGGGGGACCUGGUGGCUGUGCCCACCUUGUAAACACACUGUGCCACCCUAUAAACACCCUGUGCCCACCCCAUGGACACCCUGUACCCCUAUGGACACCCUAAAGCCCUCCACAGACACCCUGUGCUUUGUCCCACCCCAUAAACACCCUGUGUCCCUAUGGGCACCUUGUGCCUACCCCAUAAACACUGUUCCCCUAUAGACAUCCUGUGCCCACCCCAUAAACACCCUGUACCCCCUAUGGCCACACUGUGCCUUGCCCCACCCCAUAAACACCCUGUGCCCACCCCAUGGACACCCUGUACCCCUAUGGCCACCCUGUGCCUUGCCCCACCCCAUAAACACCCUGUGCCCACCCCAUGGACACCCUGUACCCCUAUGGACACCCUGUGCCUUGCCCCACCCCAUAAACACCCUGUGCCCACCCCAUGGACACCCUGUGCCCACCUCAUGGACAUCCUGUACCCCCAAUGGACACCCUAAACCUCUCAACGGACACCCUGUACCUUGUCCCACCCCAUAAACACCCCGUGCCCACCCCACAAACACCCCCAGCCCCAUAAUGCCCCCCAGAAACCCCAUACCCACCGCACAGACACCCCCUGCCCUGUCCCACCCCACAGACAUCCUGUGCCCACCCCACAGACACCCCCGGCCCCAAAUCCCCCCUAGAAACCCCACCCUGUCCCCCCAUGGCCACCGUGUCCCCCUGCCCAUGGUCCACUGUGUCCCCCCAUGGCCACUGUGUCCCCCAUGGCCACCGUGUCCCCCUGCCAAUGGUCACC